CCCCGGCUGUCGGCGUCCGCGCCGCCGCCGUCGCUUCUGAUGGGUGGUGACACACGCUCGCGCUCGCGGUCGGCGGGUCGCCGGGGCCGGAGGCAGCGGAGUCAGAGUGCGAGUCGCAGCCGGAGUCGGAGUCGCAGCGGGAGCCAUGGUCGGCGCAGCCGGCGGCGCCGGGAGGACGAGGGGCGGCGCCGGCGGAAGCGGCGGAGCCGGGAUCGCAGGUCGGAUUCGGAGGAAGAGCGGCGGCGAGCUCGGCGGUCCCGGAGGCGAAGCCGGAGCCCCGCGCCGCCCCGAUGGCGCUCUCGGGACCGCUCCUCGCCGUCCGGCUCCGAGGAGGAGCCGGCGCGGGGCUGGGCCGGGCGCGGGCGCUCGUGGUCCCCGGGCUCGGCGGCGUCCAGCGCGGCGUCCGCGGGCGGCGGGCAGAGCCCCGGCGCGGCGGCGGCGCUGAGCCGGCAGCAGCGGCUGCAGGAGCGGCUGCGGCGGCGCGAGGAGCGGCGGCAGCAGGAGGAGCUGCUCAAGGCCUUCGAGACGCCCGAGGAGAAGCGCGCGCGCCGCCUGGCCAAGAAGGAGGCCAAGGAGCGCAAGAAGCGCGAGAAGAUGGGCUGGGGCGAGGAGUACAUGGGCUACACCAACACCGACAACCCCUUCGGCGACAACAACCUGCUGGGCACCUUCAUCUGGAACAAGGCCCUGGAGAAGAAAGGGAUCAGCCACCUGGAAGAGAAGGAGCUGAAGGAGCGCAACAAAAGGAUCCAAGAGGACAACCGGCUGGAGCUGCAAAAGGUGAAGCAGCUGCGGCUGGAGCGGGAGAGGGAGAAGGCCAUGCGGGAGCAGGAGCUGGAGAUGCUGCAGCGGGAGAAGGAGGCAGAGCACUUCAAGACCUGGGAGGAGCAGGAGGACCACUUCCACCUGCAGCAGGCCAAGCUGCGCUCCAAGAUCCGCAUCCGGGACGGGCGGGCCAAGCCCAUCGACCUCUUGGCCAAGUACAUCAGUGCCGAGGAUGAUGACCUGGCUGUGGAGAUGCACGAGCCGUACACCUUCCUCAACGGCCUCACGGUGGCUGACAUGGAGGACCUGCUGGAGGACAUACAGGUAUACAUGGAGCUGGAGCAGGGCAAGAAUGUGGACUUCUGGCGUGACAUGACCAUCAUCACUGAGGAUGAGAUCUCCAAGCUCCGCAAGCUGGAGGCCUCGGGCAAGGGGCCAGGCGAGCACCGCGAGGGCGUGAACGCCUCCGUCAGCUCGGACGUGCAGUCGGUGUUCAAGGGCAAGACCUACAACCAGCUGCAGGUCAUCUUCCAGGGCAUCGAGGGCAAGAUCCGCGCGGGCGGCCCCAACCUGGACAUGGGCUACUGGGAGAGCCUGCUGCAGCAGCUGCGCGCGCACAUGGCCCGUGCCAGGCUGCGCGAGCGCCACCAGGACGUGCUGCGGCAGAAGCUGUACAAGCUGAAGCAGGAGCAGGGCGUGGAGAGCGAGCCGCUCUUCCCCAUCCUCAAGCAGGAGCCCGCGUCCCCGGGCCGCAGCCCGGAGCCUGAGGACCCGGCCGCCCCCUCGCCGCCCGGACCCUCGGCCGAGGGCCCCGCCGAGCCCCCGGAGGACGGGGCAGCGGCGGGCGAGGGCGAGGCGGAGGGCGAGGAGGGCGAGGGCGAGGCGGUGCUCAUGGAGGAGGACCUGAUCCAGCAGAGCCUGGACGACUACGACGCGGGCCGCUACAGCCCGCGCCUGCUCACCGCGCACGAGCUGCCGCUGGACGCGCACGUGCUGGAGCCCGACGAGGACCUGCAGCGCCUGCAGCUGUCCCGCCAGCAGCUCCAGGUCACAGGGGACGCCAGCGAGAGCGCCGAGGACAUCUUCUUCCGGCGGGCCAAGGAGGGCAUGGGGCAGGACGAGGCGCAGUUCAGCGUGGAGAUGCCGCUCACCGGCAAGGCCUACCUGUGGGCCGACAAGUACCGGCCGCGCAAGCCGCGCUUCUUCAACCGCGUGCACACGGGCUUCGAGUGGAACAAGUACAACCAGACGCACUACGACUUCGACAACCCGCCGCCCAAGAUCGUGCAGGGCUACAAGUUCAACAUCUUCUACCCCGACCUCAUCGACAAGCGCUCCACGCCCGAGUACUUCCUGGAGGCCUGCGCCGACAACAAGGACUUCGCCAUCCUGCGCUUCCACGCCGGCCCGCCCUACGAGGACAUCGCCUUCAAGAUCGUCAACCGCGAGUGGGAGUACUCGCACCGCCACGGCUUCCGCUGCCAGUUCGCCAACGGCAUCUUCCAGCUCUGGUUCCACUUCAAGCGCUACCGCUACCGCCGGUGACCCCCGUGCGCCCGCCUCGGUGUCCCCUGCAGGGCCCCUGAGCAGACCCCGGGGCUCCCCAGCAGGAUCCGGGCCGGGCACCGCCCCUGGGCCGACCCGGGCCUCGGAGGCUUGCUCUGGGCCGCCACGGGCGCCCAGCCCCGCCACGGGGGCUCCCCCGCUGGGCCGGCGGUCACCCUCCCCCGGGGCCUUGGGGUGGGGGUCACCCUCCCCGAGCGUGGAGGUCACCUGGGCCCUCGCCCGCUCACAGGGUCUUCCUUUCCCCGGGGCCCCAACCACCACCUCAGCCCCGCCGCACCCCUGCGGCCUGCGUCCGCAGACUGUUUGUCUAGAGAGACUUUUUUUGGUGGAGAAAAAUCUUGUAUUUUCACA